AUGGGCCUUGGAGUGAAUGAGAUACCGGUGGCGAUGGGUCCCUAUGGGCAGUCCCAGCCCAGCCGCUUCGGCCACAGGAAGAUGGGCUUUUUCAUGGGUUGUGCUGCGGGCAUGGCGACCAGGGCACUGUCCCGCACCUUCUCCUGUCUCCGGUUCCGAAUGCGGGAUCAGGAGCUGAUGGGCGGCAUUGGGAAAACCAUGAUGCAGAGUGGCGGCACCUUUGGCACAUUCAUGGCCAUCGGAAUGGGCAUAGGAUGCUAA